AUGGUCCCCUUCAACUACUCAGAGCUUCGGCUCGGACCGAAAACUACACGUCUAGUCCGUCUUCUGCCAUCCGAGAAAGACGAAACCCCCAUAAGAUGCGAGCUCAUCACUUAUGUACUGCCAGAGAGCACUGGUAGAAAGCAUCUCUACGAGGCGUUGUCCUACGUAUGGGGCAGCCAAAUUGAGACUCCCUUGGUACACCUCCGAGACCAUCAGCUGGAGAGAAUAUUAUGGAUUGACGCAAUAUGUAUCAAUCAAGAGGAUGCUGAUGAGAAGAGCGAGCAGAUCCCGCUUAUGCGGUCGAUUUAUGCACAAGCUGCUCGCGUUAUUGUCUGGCUUGGAGAGGCUAUGCGGGAUGGUGAUGAAGCACUCAUGAUUAUUCAGCGCUGGGCAGCAGCUAGUAGCCCAUCGGAUGAUAGCUUGUUGGAUGAUUGCUUAUCGGAUCCAUGUUCAAGAUUACUACGGCGCGAUUGGUUCCAACGUGCAUGGAUACUUCAGGAAGUUGGUGUCGCCCGAUGCAUUUCCAUCCUUUGUGGGUCCGUGGAGAUCAAUGGGCAUGUUUUCUGUGAAGGCCUCGAAAACUGCCUACUCUCUCUGCCAAGCUUUAUCUACCCAAUCCUUCACCUGAUCAAGGGCUCGUAUCUCCGACCAAGAUUUGAAAUUGAUUCAUGUGGAACACUUGCUAUAGGUGAAUUGCUUGAUAUGUACCGCUUUCACAAGGCAACUAUGCUACACGACAAGAUAUACUCAUUGCUAGGCCUGUGCGUUGAAGAUCCUGAUGAGGUUGGUUUGAAGCCCAACUAUCGUCUUCCAUGGAAUGAGGUCUUUAUGCAGGCCAUUAUGCAUGUAUUCCCAAGUUCAUGCUCUGUGGAGACAUGGCCGGAGUCACCAGUUGCUGUGAUCAAGGGGAAAGGGUUGGUUCUAGGUUAUGUUGGCUUUGCUCAAAAGCAUAUUCUCAAGAAUGGCUCUCAACAGAUCGAGGUAAACUAUAAUGAUACCGCUCACUCACUAGGUUACCAAGGCAAAUGGGGCACUGAGUGGAGACUUAGAGUUUCUGCGGAGUCAGUUGAGCAAGGUGAUAUUAUCUUCCUAUUGAAGGGAGCCUCAAGUCCAAUCAUCAUUAGACCCUGCAGCGGUUAUUUCACUGUCGUCGUGAGCACAACAGCACUUCAGUCACAUGACGAUAUGGAAUGGUCUAAUGGGGUUUCUACCCCAAAGGAUUUCCUUACACAAAGUUCUCUGAACGACAUUGUCUUGGUUUGGGACAUAUCCUCAUCUGAUGGGGAAAAGAAUAAAGAACAUGACGAUCAAAAUGACCUUAUCUACUUGGUACCACGUUACCAAGAGAAAGCAGUCGAGAAGAAAAAAAGACUACAAGCAAUAUCACUCAUCUCAGAAGGCAUCAUGACGCAAAUACUGCAACAAAAUGGGUCCGAGAAAGGGGAUACGGCGCUAUUGAUGCUCCAUCUACGUAUUGGAAGGGGCCUACCAGACCUUAAGGAAUUAAUCAAGGCAGCUGCUGCAGACAGACGACUUGAUGAAAUUAUGAUGGUAGAGCAGCUCCUGAAACACGGUAGAGAUAGCCUGCCAGUCUCUAAGAGUGUGGUCGCGGCGGCAGCAGCAAAUGAGGAGCUUUUGGGGUUCAUAGCACUGGAGCGGCUCCAGAAAUACUGUGGAAAGUGUCUACCGGUCACUGAAGAUGUGGUCAAGGCAGCAGCAGCAAAUGAAGGAUUUUUUGGGUAUGGGAUCAUUAAGAGACUCCUACAACACUGUGGAGAAAGCAUACCGGUCUCUGAAGAGCUCCUAGAACAUUGUGGACGAGGAAGCAUAAUAGUCUCUAAAGAUGUGAUCAAGGCCGCAACAGCAAAUAAACGUAAUUUUUGGGAUGAGACCGUACAGCAGAGGCUGGAAGAUUUUGCAACGAGUCUACUAGAUUUUGAUGAUGUGAUUGACGCAGUAGCAGCAAAUGAAGAGGUUGGGCAGGAGUUACUCCUAGCUUAUGGAAAGCCAGAGCCUACCAGAAUCUGA